AUGUCACUGUCUGAAGAAAUUCCCUCUGAACGUAAAAGAUCCCUUCCUUCUGACGACGAAGAAGAUCAUAUUAGUGGCGACGAUAGUAGAGGUCGUUUCAAACGUCCGGCUUUAAAUAACGAUAGCACUGAUAAUGAUAUCACUGACAACAACAUAAUUAAUCCUAUCAAAAAUGAAGAGGAUAAUAAUUCUACUGAAUUUGCUUUUCAAGAAGAGGUAAAUGGCGAAGAACGUGCCGCGUCACCCGCUUUGGAGUCACCGGCUGCCACUGCUGCUGAAGUGUUGGAGGUAAACGUUCGUUCACCUGUUGCUACCGAAAAAGAAAAAAACGUUGAACAAGAGUCUACUUUGGCAACUAUCUCUCUUCGUGCUUUGGUCACUACAAAAGAAGCUGGUGUUAUCAUUGGUAAAGGUGGUAAAAAUGUUAGUGAAAUUAGAGAAAGAUCGGGUGCUAAAGUAACUAUAUCUGAAAUGGUUCAAGGUGCAUAUGAAAGAAUUUUAACUGUCACCGGUCCACUAGAUACUGUUGCAAAGGCAUUUGCGCUUGUAGCACGUAAAGUUCUUGAUGAAAAUUUAGAUGCUCCUUCAACUGCUAAUUCUAAAUCUACCACUAUAAGACUUCUUGUGGCUCAUUCUAAAAUGGGACCUGUGAUUGGGAAAGGUGGUUGCAAGAUCAAAGAAAUUCAGGAAAAAUCAGGUGCUAGAUGUUUAGCCUCUGAAGAUAUGUUACCUCAAUCAACAGAACGUACCAUUUCUAUCACUGGUGUACCCGAUUCAAUUCAUAUUGCUGUAUUUCAUGUCGGCGAGGAGUUAGCCAAACAUCAAAACGAUAGAAAUGUAAACAUCACUCUAUACCGUCCUCAACCUCGUAUUAUUUAUCAUCAAGCUGCUGCUGCUGCUCCUUCUUUAACUGCUGGUAAUCCAUUUUAUGUUGGUCUUCCACCAGCUCCCCCUCCAUAUGGUCGUGAUUUCUUACCAGGUCCUCCACCAGGUCCUCUUUCUGCCGCUCAUCACCACCAACCUCCACCAGGUUCACAAGCUCAACAAAUUUUCAUUCCUAAUGAUAUGGUUGGCUGUAUCAUUGGAAAAGGCGGGAGUAAAAUUAAUGAAAUUAGAAAUCUGUCUGGAUCUCAUAUUAAAAUUGCUGAACCACAUGGUAAUACUAAUGAACGUUUAGUUACCAUCACUGGAACUCCCGAGUCAAAUCAAAUGGCUCUUUAUUUGUUAUAUAGUCGACUUGAAUCUGAAAGGAGGAAGCCUAGUGUGGCAGCAAAGUCAGCUGUACGAAUGUAUAAAUAA